CAGAGUCAGUGGAAUACAAAUGCAAAUACAGAACUUGUAAGAGAAAUACUUGGACAAUGGAAUCACCUGGGUAAUCAUGAAAAGCCAUUUCAGACCGGAACAACAGUAUUAAUGACCUCGAGCAUAUUCAGAAUAUUAAGUAUGUGUGCGGGCAAGCAGCCUCUGAAAGAAAAUCAUGUUGAGCAGAAUGGUGGUGGGGACCAGACUGUGAAGAAAACACACAAGAUAUUCCAUAUAAAGGCUAUUAAAAAAUACUUCUACAGUAAAACACCAACAGGGGAUCCAAACAACCAACAGAACAACCAUGAAGAUAUUACAGCUGAGACUAUUCAACGGGACAUUGAUCAAAACUUAUUCUGUAAGGCCAGCAAGGAUCUGAUAAUGUUGGAACAAGAAUGUUACAUUAAUACUGAUGAUGAACUACACCACGACAACAUUAAACAAGUUGAGUCUCUUUAUAAGGUAUUAGAAGAUAUGGUAUUUGCAGUAAUUAAAGAUUCCAUCAAAAUGGAUUGCGAGAACUUAUUAGAUCAAGCUGUUCAGGCAAUACUGGAACAAGAAAAGGAAAACAACAGGUGUAUUUCAGACAUCAAAGCUAACAACCCAGCACGGCCAAGAAAAUGGAAACAAAAGUGGAUCAGCACUGUUAAGGAGUCCGUGGAUGAUAGACUCAAAGAGUUACCCAAGGAUGAAACAAAUAAUUCCAGCUCAUCUCUUUCCCAAUCCUUUACAAAUCUGGGAAAAAUAUUCAAAAAAGACUUAACCCACAUAGUAAACCAUCUCAAGCAACAUUAUCCAGAUGAUUUUGAUGUUUGUAAUAGCUACGCACAACAUUAUCACCAGGCUUUCUUGGCGCAUACCAGUACUAUUACAGAAUUCGAACUUGGUGACAAGGAUACUUUUUUCCUACUGUGUUGGGUUCACAAUAUUUAUCCAAAUGAUAUCCUAAAAGAUCCAUCUUUAGCUGGACACAUAGAUGAGGCUAGGCUAAAAUGUCUUUUACCAGCACAGAAAAUCAGGGACUAUGAAAGCAAUUAUGUUUCCUCUGAAGUGUUAACUGUAAAGUCCUGGAUUAAUAAAAGUUUAGACCUGGAAGCCCAAUUCUGGAAUGUUGGAAAAGAACCAGAAAAACUUGAUGAAGCUUAUCAUACUGAAUUACACAUAGAUGUCCUACAGAAUUUUAAUGGUGGAGUAAGGAGAGCCAUGGAAAUAUCAGAGAGGUUGACAAACAGACUCAAGCCUCUUCUGGCAGCAGAAUUGGUGGAAUUUGCCAAAAGGUAUAAGAGCCUAUUUGAAGAAUACUUAGAGAAAAAUAAGAACCAGCAAUAUUUAUGGCCUAUAAUCAUUGUUAAUGUAAAUUGCUGCUGGAAUUUCAGGGACUUUGUGACACAGAACUUUAAUGAUGCACAGUUACAAAGACACAAGGAAAAUAUGAAUUCCAUCUUGCUUGAGUUAGAAGAUCUUGGUUACACUGUUCUCCUGCAAAAUCUGUUUCAAGAUUUAAAGUCUCAUUUCAAAAGAAUCUCCCAAGGUAAUGGUCUAUGCAGCUACAAGGUCAUGUCAGAAAUCAUUGAAAAAGUAGAAAAAUACAUGGAACCUCUCACCACUUUAAAGAAACCUUGCCAUCAGGAAAUGAUUGGUAGAGUUCAUUUUUACGUGGUUACAGAAUAUAUCACAAGACUCAUGAAGAAAAAGGUCUGCCUCAAAAAUAUAGACCAACUAAAAACCCUUGCCAACCAAAUCCAUGAGAAUGGAAAAAUGAUAGAUGACUUCUUCUCCUCACAGGAUUCACCCAGAAUAUGGCUGAUGCCUGUGAUUUCCAAAAUUGCAGAAAUCAUAAGACUUCAGGAUAUAGGAGCUAUUCAGAUUGAAGUGGCAGCUCUUGUAGAAGAGUACUCAGAUAUUGGGAAAAAACACCUUGAAGGUAUUUUAUACAUAAAGGGCAACCUAAGCAGGCAAGAAGUGAAAUCAGUCGUGAAUAUCCUCAAAUACAAUGGAACAAAGUCCAAUAAAAACCCACCACUAUUCUCAUUAAUUAAACUAUCAUAAUCAUAGGCACUUCUUGUGACUGUGUCUUUCAGUUCUGGAGAUCUGAACCUUUUUAUGUGCAAUACUGUACCAAGAUAUGGCUGUGAGGAGCAGUUAUAUCCAUCUUGUUUACAGAUAUUUGUCUGAAAUAAAUUUGAGACUGCCGAGACGGCAACAGUGGGACUGUAUAUUGAUAUUAAAGUGAGUGUUCAUCCAGUAUGCUCUCUUACUAGUGACAGUAUGACUAGAGAUUACAGUAUCUGCAUGCCUGAAUACAGAUGCAUUAAUUAGUAUCUAAAGCUUACUCAAAACAUGAUAUUGUACUUGUGUAUAGCAAAUCAACUCAAUGUAAAGCUUUAGUGCACUGUGUUCCAUGGUGAUCACUGAGCUGUCAACCACUGGCCAAAUAACAGCUCUCCUAUUACUACCAACUAUGUAAAUAGGUCUCUUACAUCAAUCGCACAACGGCACAAUAUACAAAGGGAAUAAUAUGGAGUUAACAGACUCAAAUUCAGCAGAUUAAAACAUUUCACAAUAUUUUUGUGCUUAUUACACGUAUCAAAGUCCAUCUGAACAAAGGUCUUGUCCACAGCCUCUGUUUCUGUUGCUAGUUGCUCUAUGGCUUACUUUGAUAUGAUUUCCCUAGCUGUUUUCUUUUGUUAUCAUGUUGCCACAUUUGCCACCCUUGAAAUUUUUACUUAUAACAAGGGAAAUAUUUGGACCAAUGAGUUUUUUAUAUUCACUGUUUUGUUUCAGUCAAGCUCUGAAGCUUUUAUUAUUGAUGUGCUGUGAUGUGAUGUGCAGUUAUUUAUUUCAUUGCAUUUUGUAAUUUAUGUUCAGAUUUUAGAGUGUUGUAAUUGUUUUGUAUAUUUAUGUUUGCUAAAACAUUUUAGCGGAUAUUUGCUAUAUUUUUUUUACUUGCACAUUAAAGUUAAAGUUUCUUGUGA